CCGAAAAACGUAAACAAAGUGCAAACUACCAGAAUACUACUCAUUACUCAGCCAGCAGUCAGCUCACACUCACACAAUUUCGUUCGUCAUUCUUGCCACCAACUCCUCAGAUUGGAGCCAUAAAUUCCCCGAAGGACCUUUGUUGAAGUCUUCAGAAUUCCACAGAAAAUAACAAAGAAGAGGGAGAAUGGAGGAAUAAAGGCAUUGCAGUUUCAGUGGCUGAACCAUGGCAGGUAAAGACGUUGCUCGGGUUGUGAACAGGUGCAAUGAUGCUAAAGAAGAUCAAAACCUAGAUUUAUCUGCCUGUCAGCUUACUCAGAUGCCUGAUGCUGUGUUCUUAUUGAUGAAAAAUACUGUGCUUCAGUCAUGCAACCUUGCUGAAAAUCUCCUACGAAAAAUUCCCCCCAAAUUUCCUCGAGCUUUCACAUCACUCACAGAGCUCAACUUGAGUUACAACCACUUGUCCAGUUUACCGGAUGAAAUGACCCAAAUGGAGCAGCUGAAGAUGUUGGACCUGUCUCACAAUCAUGUCUCGACUUUGCCAAAUGUUGUUUAUGAACUGAACAGCUUGGAAAACCUCAACGCUGAGCACAAUUAUAUCAAAGAGGCAGAUGUGCAGAGACUGCGAGCUCUUCCAAGAAUUGCUGAAUUGAAUUUCAAGGACAACCCAUUAAGUUUCGAGACAUACUCUCAGUUUAUCACAGUGUCAGAGGUAGUUGUUGUCCACCUCACUCCUCAGGAUCCAGAGUUUGAUUCUGUGGACUGAAACUUGGGUACUCAUUUUUCUUGUUUAUGCAGGAGAUGGUUUGGUGACAUACAUGAUGUGCCUUCAAUUGUACUUAUGAUAUGAAAUUGUUUUGUUCUGGGGUUGUUUUUUUUUUGGGGGGGGGUUGUUGCUAUAGAUGAGUGUUGCUGGCUGGAAUAAGGGCUUAUGUUGAGUAGAUGUUUAACUUAUUGGUAUGCAGGUUUUGAUAUGUGUGUUUCUGUAUUCUUCUUUCUGUUAUUUGUUGUGAUGUUGUAAAUACUAAAAUCAGUAAAACACCAUUUGAACAAUGCUGCUUCAGUGAACUCCUUCUGUUGCACUUUAAAAAAAAAUCUUUGUUUAUAUCACGCAAUUGGAAAUGGAAAAGGAUCCUCUGAAAGAGUAAUUAAAAAAAAAAGAUUAGUUUGUGUCAUGAUUUCAA